AUGGAGUUCCGGCAGGAGGAGUUUCGGAAGCUGGCGGGGCGCGCCCUGGGGAGGCUGCACCGGUUCCUGGAGAAGCGUCAGGAAGGCGCGGAGACACUGGAGCUGAGCGCCGACGGGCGCCCAGUGACCACGCACACGCGGGACCCGCCUGUGGUGGACUGCACCUGCUUUGGCCUCCCUCGGCGCUAUAUCAUCGCCAUCAUGAGUGGUCUGGGCUUCUGCAUCAGCUUCGGCAUCCGCUGCAACCUGGGCGUGGCCAUCGUGUCCAUGGUCAACAACAGCACGACCCACCGUGGGGGCCACGUGGUGGUGCAGACCCCAUACAGGUCUGUCCACAAACAGGAGGCAGUCAUUCCCACACUUGGGGAUAUUCAGGGAGGGGAUACUGAGAAAGCUCAGUUCAACUGGGAUCCAGAGACUGUCGGCCUCAUACAUGGUUCCUUUUUCUGGGGCUACAUUGUCACUCAGAUUCCAGGAGGAUUUAUAUGCCAAAAAUUCGCAGCCAACAGGGUCUUUGGCUUUGCCAUCGUGGCUACCUCCACCCUAAACAUGCUGAUCCCCUCAGCGGCCCGCGUCCACUACGGCUGUGUCAUCUUUGUGAGGAUCCUGCAGGGACUGGUAGAGGGGGUCACAUACCCUGCCUGCCACGGCAUCUGGAGCAAAUGGGCCCCUCCCUUAGAACGGAGUCGGCUGGCGACAACAGCCUUUUGUGGUUCCUAUGCUGGGGCAGUGGUUGCCAUGCCCCUGGCUGGGGUCCUGGUGCAGUAUUCAGGAUGGAGCUCUGUCUUCUAUGUCUAUGGCAGCUUCGGGAUCUUUUGGUACCUGUUCUGGUUGCUAGUCUCCUACGAGUCACCGGCAAUGCAUCCCAGCAUCUCAGAAGAGGAGCGGAAAUACAUCGAGGAUGCCAUCGGAGAGAGUGCCAAGCUCAUGAACCCCGUUACGAAAUUUAACACACCCUGGAGGCGCUUCUUCACGUCCAUGCCAGUCUAUGCCAUCAUCGUGGCCAACUUUUGCCGCAGCUGGACCUUCUACCUGCUCCUCAUCUCCCAGCCCGCCUACUUUGAAGAAGUGUUCGGCUUUGAGAUCAGCAAGGUGGGCCUGGUGUCGGCAUUGCCUCACCUCGUCAUGACCAUCAUCGUGCCCAUCGGAGGCCAGAUCGCCGACUUCCUGCGCAGUCGCCGCAUAAUGUCCACCACCAAUGUGCGAAAGCUGAUGAACUGCGGCGGCUUCGGGAUGGAAGCCACGCUGCUGCUGGUGGUCGGAUAUUCACACUCCAAGGGUGUGGCCAUCUCCUUCCUUGUCCUGGCUGUGGGCUUCAGCGGCUUUGCCAUCUCUGGGUUUAACGUGAACCACUUGGACAUCGCCCCUCGUUAUGCCAGCAUCUUGAUGGGCAUCUCCAACGGCGUGGGCACACUGUCUGGGAUGGUGUGCCCCAUCAUCGUGGGUGCAAUGACCAAGCACAAGACCCGGGAGGAGUGGCAGUACGUGUUCCUCAUUGCCUCCCUGGUGCACUAUGGGGGUGUCAUCUUCUACGGGGUCUUCGCUUCGGGAGAGAAGCAGCCGUGGGCGGAGCCAGAGGAGAUGAGUGAGGAGAAGUGCGGCUUUGUGGGCCACGACCAGCUGGCCGGCAGCGAGGAGAGUGAGAUGGAAGAUGAGGCCGAGCCCCCGGGGGCUCCCCCUGCACCUCCUCCUUCCUAUGGGGCCACACACAGCACAGUCCAACCUCCGAGGCCCCCGCCCCCUGUCCGGGACUACUGACCGUGUGCCUCCCACUGAUUGGCAGUUUCCAGGACCUCCAUCCACCUCCAGCCUGGGCGGCCGUGGGGAGGACCCACCUCCUCCCUGGCCGGCCUCGGGCCUCAGAUGCGAGUCUUCCCUUGUUCCCAGUGCUGUCAACCAACCUCGUCCCUUCUCAGCCGCCUCUCAAGGGGGGGAAGCUGCACACUAGCAGUUUCUAGGAUACCCAAACACCCCGGAAGUCGUUCGCUUGUUCUGUCCGGUUCCAAAUCUCUCCCCUCAGGACUCCACUUGGUGGACACAGUUCAACCUUUCACUUGUGGUUUUGAGGUUCCACCCCUUUUCCUAGGACCCCAGGGAUUCUCAGGCUACCCCAAGGUUAUUCAGCUGGUCUCCAACUCAGAAAAACUCAUGGUCAUCCCCUAUUAGUCCCAAGGCUCCCCGACCGUCCGGCAUUUCCCAAGAUGGUUCAACCAACCACCGACCCCGCCAUUCCAAGGACUGAUUCUCACCAGCGUUUCGGAGGGAAAUGGCGGUUUCAAGUCUCCCCACUCCUUAGCUCCCUCCCUCACCAGCACACUUUGCCGGGCCUCGUCCUCACCCUUAGCUUAGUACAAUGUCCAGGGAAAUGGCCGACGUGGCUCUGCUCACCCCGUGCUCUUUUUCUGACUCAGUUUUCAGGUCUUUGCUCAAGUCUAUUAAUUCAGGGGCUCGAAGCUGUCACUUCUGCCCUGUGGUGGUUUCAGGAUCUCCCUCCCCCCAAAUCCUUGCACUUUACUAUUCUGGGUGGCUCAGACUGCCCUCAGUUUCUCAGUGACCAUUUGUUGUGUCCCUCAGGGGCUAAAUGACUCCGAAUCUGGGGUGCUUCCCCUCACAGACACCCCUCUUUCAACUUAGGAAUCCCAGGACAGGGAGCAGGCUUGGGAGAAGAGGGCUGUUCCUGGGCAGGGUUGUGUCUUGGUGUCUCUGUCUCUGUGACUGUAAA